AUGUUGGCCAGUUAUAUACGAUUGAUAGUUGUAUGUGGAUUGUUUCCUUUUAUCAGAGCUUCUUAUGAAGAAUUAUGCAAAUUUGCAGGCAAUAUUACAGAUGUGGAAGAAUUAGCGCAUCAUAAAUAUCAGGUGCUGGAGGAUUGCUUAUAUUACAAACUUAGCCAGGACGCAAAUGCAAUGCAAGGCAAGUCGAACGCAAUCAGCAUUUUGCCUCCAACUGUAGCUGCUGGUGAAACUUUGGAUGCUGAAAUUCUUGAAAUUGCACUUAAGCAAUUGUGGAUGUCAUGGAAGGAUCGCAGAAUGAAGUGGGAUUUGAAUGAAUGGAAAACCGAUACGUUGAAUAUACGUUCAUAUGGUAGGCUAUGGGUACCAGAUAUUAAUAGCGAGAGAUUUCAAACAUCAUCUCAAAGCGGUGAUUAUGCACAAUUCUAUAAUAUUGUCGCAAAGAACAAUGGUAAUGUCACUGGACGAUUGGAAUUUAAAAUGCAAGCUCAUUGUGAUAUUGACUAUACCAAUUUCCCAGAUAAGAAAUUGAAUUAUUCUGCAGAUGGAUUGGAUCUCGCAAAACUGAGGACCAACUGGCAUGUUCGAGAUGCAAAUAUCAAAAUUUUGCCGGAUGAAGACGACCGCAAAGCACAAAUGCUACAAAUUUGUUUGCAAGUACGACGUCGAUCGUCAACGUUACGUAUUGAACUUACGCUUCCGAUGAUGGUUUCUUCGUUAUUUGUUGUAAUCGCGCCAUUCUUCGGUUCUUUUCGUGAUCAAAUUAACGUGAAAUUGUUUGCAAUAUUCAUUCAGCUGGUCAGUUUCACAUUUUUGGCUAUAAAGGCUCCCCAGGUUGGAUUUGGUGAAACUGUUCCGCAUAUAUAUACAUUUUACGUAUUCACGCUGUCUACAACAGUGAUCAGUUUACUUUUGACGCUUGUUAUCAGCGCGAUGUCACGAAUUCGGCGGAAAUUACCACCUGCACAUCGAUAUACAUUGCUGGCUUCUGCACUGAAUACCAGCUUAUGUUGCGGAAGUGAGCCGAGCGCUGAAAUUGAUGGAACUUCAGCAAAAGAUUAUCACCAAGAUUGGCUACAAAUUCACAUCGCUGCCAAUAAUAUCAUCUCAUUCGUCAUUCUCAUUGCUUAUAUCAUUGGUAUCAUCGUUAUUCUAUGUAUGUGA